AAGUGGCGCUUCAAUCUUUUCUUCAAAAUUUAGUCCUUCAGUCGCGAUACCGGAAGUGCUCGAUUUUCAUUUUUUUAACAUGUUCCGGUAGCGAGUGGAAGGGGUACUUCCCCCGAUUGGAUUAAUAACCAUGGGUGGCGUGCAGAGCAGUGGGACCCACAAUUUGGGCGAUGCUUUGUGGGUUCACGAAAGACAGAGACAAAAAUUAUGUCGAGAAGGCAGUCAAUGCGAGAGUCAUGGAAGCCAAAGCUCGACUCAGGAGCGUCGGAAGCUUUUAAAACGGACUAGAAGCUUGGCCGUCAUUUCCGAGGACGAAUCGCGAUACGGGCGAGAAAUUCCUCAUUUUCGAAUAGGCGAGCCUAAUUUGGACCUGACAAGAAGACCUCAGCUAAUUCCCAGGGCAAAGUUGAUCGACCGCAACUCGCUCAAAGACAGACUCUCUAAAAGCCAACAACAUCUUUCUGAUUCCUACGACAGAUUUAACGAGGCAAAGUCAUACCAGUCUAGAUCAACUUGUGCACUUUAUCCACCAAAUGGUUUAAAUUCACUACCAGAUCCUCUGCCGUAUAAUAUUAAUAAUAAUCGAAGCAGCAGACAAGAUCCGGACCGUCUUAAUAUUUUGGAAUGGCCUGAAGCACCGAGAAGAUACUGCAGUGUUCAAAAUCUUGAUUCUGUUAGUGGUCUUGUCGAAAUUGUUGAGGAUAACUGGCCAGUUGAAGGAAAUAGGAGUCUUGACUGUAUUUACACUCAGGUGAAGAGAAAACGAAAAGAACAUAGAAGUUUGGACAGCAUACUUUUUGAAGACGACGGCGAAUUGGAAUAUUUCGACGUUCUAAACCUCCUUCCUCUCUCGAAUGUUCGACUAGAAAUUGAAGAAGCAGACAACAGGAACAACAACAUAAUUCGAGAAAGAGACAAGGACCAAUUCUUCGAUAGCACAUUAAGUAAUAGCGACACAGAAAGCACCAAAGAAUUUUUACCCUCAACUGGUAGCAACGAAACCGACGAGGAAAAAUCCAAAAUCCAAGAGGAUGAAGGAGAAUCAAAAAAAGAAUUUUGGAUAGAAUUAGUCUCACCUACAAGAAAAGAGAAAAAGGAAUUUUGGGAAAGGAUAGGAUUGCAAGAGGUGAAAAAACAAGAGAGAAAAGAAAGGAUCCAAGAAAAGAAAUCUUUGGAAGAAGAAAAUUGGGCUGUAGAUUUGAAGGCAUCUGAAAAUUCGAAUUUGUCUCCAGAUUUAAAGUUAUCCACAGAUUUAAUAUCACCCCAAGAAUCAAAAUCAUCAGCACAAAUACAAAUACAGGUAAAAACACCCCACGACUUGACAAUAACAUUAGAAAAAAAAUUAUCUGAAGAAUUAAAACCACUUGAGGCAGUGAAACCAUCCAAAGAAUUAACACUGAAAGAACCAAAAACUCCCGACGAGCCAAAAACACUCCUAGAGCCAAAAACACUCCGAGAGCCAAAAACAUCCCAAGAGGCAAAAAUAUCUAAAGAGCAAAAACCAUCCGAGAUCCUAAAACCUCUUCAGGAACUAACACCCUUCCAAAAACUAAGACCAUCCCAAACGAAAAACUUCAAAGAUUCCUUUACCGAUAAAUACAGAGCGAAUGUUGCAAUUGUGACACCUUGUGAAGAAGAGAAAGUCAGAAUUGAAGAAUUUGAAGACGUGAGGUCAAUCUGGAUAUCAGACAGGGAAGAAGAGAUGUCUCGAAGGCCCCAGAUUCUAAAAGUCGUUGACAAUGACCUGACGAGGCGUUGUAAUAAAGACUACGAUAUCAUCAAAGAUAAUGGCUCUGGAGUAGAUAAAGCGGAGCUUGAAAAAGGAAAAGGAAGCAUUGAAAGUGCCAGGUAUUUCUUUGAGCAGAAAAGUUCGCAAAAAGAAGAUCUAAAAAAUCCACCGACCGAAGGAAGAUUCGAAAGAAUUGUUAAAGAGACAUCCAACAUUAUUGGGAAAGCCUGCAACGUUGUUAAAGGAACUUUAGGUUUCGAAGCAACGUCCGAGAGUUCUGAUUUAGGUUUGGGAUCAGAAAUAGGAAGUGACACCAGAAGAGAAUCAGUCGACGAUGAAAUACAUAUUUGUAAAAACAAGGCUCACCCAAAAGAAAAUCAAGAGAAUGUUCAGGAUUCUCUAGAUAAUGCUAAUGAUCCCACAAGAAAAAAUCAUACGAAUUUGACUAGAUCUAGAAGUUGUGUUGAUUCAAUUGAGUGCCAAGAUGAGCCAGAAUUCGACCAUGUCAGAUAUAAAAUAGUCAAAUCGAAUUUGUUUGGUAAGAGCCUCUUUAGUACCUCAAAAGGGGAUGUGACCUAUGAUGGUCUGAUGCAAUAUUUGAGAGAAUAUUCUUUCCAGGAAUUGUUGUUGGAUAACAAUGUUGUUAUCAUUGAACCAGUUCGAGCUGAAGUCGAAAGAAAACCAUCAAUGAAUGCGAAGAGCAAGAGUUUGCCGACCUGUCGAGUUUCUGGAGCAAUUCAGAAAAAGGAACCAGAUUGUGAGAGGGUUUCUGAUGAGAAAUCGAGAACAUGUCCUCGGUCGAGUACCCUGAGGAAACACUUCUUCUAUCAUCCUAUUCAAAUCAAUAAGGAGUUGAAUGAUGAUGAGCUUCCUAAUCCCGAUACAGUGAAAAAUGUGCGAAUGAUGUUUGAGGAAACUCUGAGGAAAAAAAAGAACAUGGAGAGAAAUUCGGAUAUUAAGGUGAUGAGGAGUUCGAGUAUGAAGGAUCUUAGUUUGAAUGAUGUAGAUAUUUGCGAGAAUUGUGACGAGGGAGAGAAGAUUCAGGAAACUAGGUCCCGAAGCUCCAGCAGAGCGAAGGACCUGACAAGGCUUUUUGAGAAUCUGGAGAAGAAAACCUCAGCAUCAGUAGAGGCCAAAGAUGAGCCAGAGAGUCCUCGCAGUGAAUCCAAAACCAGGAUCCUGGCUCAGUCUUUCGAAGCCAGAAGUGGACAAACUUCCCCGAGUAAUUCUAACACUUCGAAUAAAAAUCGAAUCAACAGAUAUCAGCAAAAUCGUCACCACAAUUGGGAUGCAGGAAGCGUCAGCUCCGGAGUGUCCAGCGAUUAUCCGGACACUGAUCCUGGAAGCGCGCCACCCUGCACCUCCUCCGAAGAUGAAGACAUUGAUUGUCAGGAUAACGAUGACGAAGAUGAUCGUGAUCAAAGUCACUACGUCUCUCAAGAUGUUCUCAAAAAAAUUCGAGAAUGUGGAACCUCGGUUACUUAUUACGGAGGGAAGGUGGUGAACACCUCUAAUGGCCCAUUAAUUUCCCCAAUGAUUACCAAACGCUCCAGGAGGAAUAAUCGACUUCAGGAUUACGUCAAGUUUCGAUUGGUUAAGAGCAAUUCAUGUGACAGUAGAUUGGAGCUUACGGGAAGAGUUAUUGAGGAAAAGAUCAGAGGAAACUGGGAUAAAAACUCUGAUCUUAGGGAAUGUACAAUAGCAGAAAUGCCGAGUAUUGAGAUAACAACCAUAGAUAAGCAGGACCAGGAGAGCGAAAAGAUGAUUGAGGAAAAAAGGGAGCCACCGAUGGUGAUUGGAUUGGAGCCAAAAAAGGAGGACGGGAAAACCUUCAAAGCGGAUUUUAAACUGGGUAAAGUCGGGGAAUCAAAUUCCAAAAGUUUCAGCGCACUUUCUAGGUGGCAGAUUAAUGAAAAUGGUUGGAAGAGAAAUUCAGAGUUUGGCAAAAUGGAAUUCGAGGAGUUCGAAGUACUUGAAGACAGUCUCAACGGGACUGAAAAUCAUACCUAAGAGUCUUUUAAAUUAAAAAUGAGGAUUUCUUUAAAGUAUUAGCUGCUUUACUGUGCUUUGUCGUCAUACAAAAGGUAAAAUGUUAAAGUAAAUAAAGGCGAGGAAGUAUUCUAGAAAGGACUCAAAGAGGACGGUGCAAUACUCAACGAAUUUUUAUUGCGGAUGCAGCUAGCUAAGUCAACACUUGUAAAUAAAUAAGGAAAAUAUGAAAUCGAGAAAAAAUGUACAGAAGAAAAAAAUACAGUUUUUAUGGUUGCAGUAAAGUUUGUAAAAAUAAAAUAUUCUUGAAUAUCCGUGGGAAGAGAUCGAAAUGUGAUAAAUAUCUAGUUUCUGAAAAUAAAGUGGUUUGUUUGAAACUUGUA